UCACAAUAGACAGGGGGCUUUCUAGAUCUAACAAGUAACUACUUCAUGAAGGUGUGUGGCAUCAUAAACAGUGAAGUAUGGUGUGGGGCACAAGUUGGCACCAUUCUCCCUCCUGCUACAUAUUCCAAAGCCGUGGCGCCCUCUUUACUGUGAUGUCACGAUAUCCAACUUGUGGAAAAUAGGCGGGAACAUUACAGGUCCCAUUAUCACCUAACACUCCUUUCACUUUUUGGUCUUUUCCUCAUAGCUGACACGGCCAGUCAUAUGACAUUCCAGCUGGUCCAGGCUACACCCACAAUAAAGUAGCAGCGGGGCCUGGCAGGCGGUUUCCUGUACUGUGUGUGAGGACAUGGCGGGGACAGCCUCCAUAGCGUCACUGUGGUGUGUGGAGGCGUGACUGACAGGAUGAGCUGAGGGGGACGGGUUCUCAUCUUGUCAUAUGGCACACAAGCAUCCUGUGUGGGAACAUGACGGGCUCCUGGGUUUGCCAACACACAUGGUAAAGUUUUUGUUUUAGGCUGGAGAGGGAUCUAUUCUGGCGGUGCCAAGCAUGAAGCUGAUCGGCCGAGCUGGUCGGGAGAGUGCCACGUUGCCUAUCAGUAUUUCUCCAGAUUCUUCAUUGGGCACCAGGAAAAUAAAGAAGGGUAAAAAACGACUUGCAGACAUUAAGUCAUUCAGUCUUGAAGAACCUCUUCAGGGGGAUGGUGGUGAGAAAGCAGAGAGAGUUGGAGGCUUGAUCAGGUCAAAAACUUAUGAUCCAUCUUCAUCUCUGAAGACAACAGACAAUGAUCCUUCAACAGACAGGCGCCGAUCUAUCACUAGCAAUCUACCGAAACAUAAUCUUACAUUCCACAAGAUAUUUCGGGAAAUUAGUGAAGAUGAAGAGCUAAAAGAUAGUUUUACUUGUGCCCUCCAAAGAGAGGUCUUGUAUCAAGGACGGCUCUAUAUCUCCCACAGCCACUUAGGAUUUUUUUGCAGCAUGCUGCGCAAGGAGAUCAAGGUCUUGAUUCCUGUCAGUUCAGUGAUUCUUGUUAAAAAAGCUAAUACUGCUUUACUAGUGCCUAAUGCCCUUAGUGUUCGGACCAUUGAUGGGGACAAGUAUCUGUUUGGGUCUCUGCGUAACAGAGAGAUGUGCUACCAUGCAGUUCGCUCUGUGUGCCCUAAUCUUCAAGAUGGCAGUACUUGCAACACUCCAUCAGCGACAUCUGUAGAACCAAAUUCAGAACAGUGCAGUAAAACUCUGGACUCCAGCCAUUCUGAUCUAGAGCAGACACCACAUGAAUCGGAUAGUGCAGAGAACUGGGCCAAAGAAGUAGAUGUUGCAUUUUUGGUGCAAAACCAAAUAAGAUCUAGUAGCAAUGAAGUAGACGGGCAAGCUCAAGAUCAUUUUCUUAACGGGGAUGUUUGCCAAGACAAGACUUCUUCUGACAACAGCCACACACAGUGGGCAGAUCCUAGGGCUGUGAAUAUUCUUCUUGUUAUCUAUAUGCUGCUGGUUUUACUACUACUUUUCUCAUCGGGGUAUAUUGGGUUACGUAUUAUGGAGCUGGAGAACCAACUGAACAUUAUGGGGGCUUGGCCAAGAGGAGAUGAAACUCAGGGAUCUCAAGAUACUUGAGGUAACAAUACCAACAUGAUUGCCUGUCCUAUUUAUAACUCGGUCUACGUGAAAGAAGAGACUUGUGGAUCAAACCCAGAUGAGUGCUUCAGUGGUUGAAUGGAAUCGCCUAAAUGAAGAUCACUCCUUCCAAACUGAAAUUCAGUCAUGGCAACAUUCACAGGGAUCCUAAACAAGUCAUACCGGAAGUGAGAUGAUAAACGGAUUGGUCUUCAGAUGGACAGCAGAUUUGCACAAACUAAGACACUUAACAGAUUUACUGUUUUUCUUAAAAAAAUGAACGAGAAACCAUUUAGUAUUUCACACACUCAGGUAUUUCAGAGCUUGUGUCUGUGCAGUAGUGAAUGUCUCAAAUGCGAAAGAUUUCAGGAGAUUCUGGGAAUAUUUUUAUGCUUUCUCACAAUCUGCAAAUGUGGAAUCUUGCCCACUGCAAUACAAGUUACACAGAAUCAGGCACUAAAUCCAAUGAACUAAAGACCCAGAAGAAAUCCAGAGCUAAAUCAUCGGGACAAUGUUAAUUGCCUUUACUAACAAAUGACUUAUCUGUAUGUAUUAAGCACAUUAUCCCAGAGUUUUAAAGGUAGAUAUAAAUGAACAGUCCAUAAUCACUAUGUAAUGUGUAGGGUGGCCUAAAGGCUUAACAUUGCAUAAAAUGUUUAAAUCUAGUUAUGUAACAACUAGAAAACUGCACUAUCUCUAAAGAUCAGUGAUUUAUGUAAUUCCACAGCCACCUUUCCGCGAAUAUAGCAGAAUGCUAACUCAAACCUGUAGCUGAGAAUCCUAAGAAACAUUGCACCUAAACCUAAAGGGGUUAUCCGAAUAAUAGGAAUUAUACUUACUUUUUGCUUUGUACAGCUAUCUAAUAUACUAAAUAUCAUGUAUUAGGUGUUCUGCCACUUCCAGAUGGCUAUUGCCUCCAGGAAGUGGCGGAAUUCCUUAUUUCUUCUCUCUAUUCCAUUUCCAAAGUUGCUCGAUCCCCUUGCUGCCCCCACCCUCCGAUACAGAGCCCACGUGAUGCUCCUGCUGGCUUUCUGCAGCAUCUUUUUUUUUGCUAAACUUAGCUUUCACUGCAUCUCGUGGAGGGGCUGUAAUAAUAUAACAAAUAAAAGUUCCCUGCAGUCAGACAUGAGCCGCUCUGACUGCCAGGAUUUGUUGUAUUAGGACGGCGUGCUCCUUGCUGCAUAGCAGAAGCACCCAAACAUCCAUAUAGGAGCACCAGCGGCACGGAAGUGACAAAAAGUUCAAGAUACAGAAACAGCAAGGUAAUACUAUAGCAUGUGUUUUUUUUUUUUUUUCCCCAUAAAUGCGGAUAACCCUUCUAAGUGUUUAGGGACUGCUGCCAUUGUAUGUUGCAGAAGUGCAUUAGAAAGUAUUGGUGACACUGUGUUAUGCUAGUAUAUAUGUAACAGACGAGGAUACCAAAUUGUCUGCCGAUCCAGCUUGGUCACCUUUUCAAGUUGCUAGGCAAUUUGCAAAACAUUUUUGGGUUUUGUUUUGCAAGUUCUGCACUUGCAUCAUGUAUUUAUUAGAAAGCCUGAAAGUUUCCCUAAUAAAUACCUACAAUGGGAAACUCCAGUCACAUAAGUUGUCCUGUAAUAUGAAACUUUCCAACCUUAGCACAGCACUUUUACCUCGAGGUUUUUAUGAAUGGAAAAUAGAAAAUUAAUGUUGUAUCUGCUUGGAAAGCAUUGGAUGUCACUUAAAAAAAAAAACUUGGUUUCGCUGUGGAUAUUUAAAACUGUCCUUUUGUGAGCCAUGGCAAUGUGCGGUCAUUCAAUAAGAACUACUGCAGAUUUUGUAAAGCAUCUGUAUGAUCCUUUGAUUACCUCAUUACUAUGCAAGUACAACUUAGAAAAUGCCAUCUCCAAGACUUGUAUUUAUAUGAACUGUUAUUUAAUCAACAGAUGUAAUAUAAUCUCUAAAAUUAUUUGUAUUUAUGUAAACUGUUGUUUUGUCAACAGAUUUUGUAAUAUAAUUUGAGAUGAUGUAUAUUGACAGAUUUUUUCAUAGAAUAUUUAUAAAUAUUGCACUGUAGUCUUUUUUUUACUAGAUUAACAUCUCCAGGAAUAAACAUUUUUCUUGAAAUUUUUAUAUUGCUCAUAAAUCUUAAAAAGAACACCUAUCACCAUACAGACCUUUCU